UUUAAAUACCUUGGUGGAAAAAGAACACAUUACCCUGCAAUAACUAUCUUAGUGGGAUUAUAAAUGUCCUGGUAUCUAUGCAGGAAAUAUCCAAGCAGGAAGUUUUCUGCAUGGGUGGAAGUGAAAUAAUUGCUGCACGGUACUGCAUACAGGUUACUUCCAAACAAACAAACACAAAUAGAUUUACGGAUUUUUCCUGCUCACCCACAAAUCAUCUCUUAGCAGGAAAUUACUUGUAGUCCAAAUUUCCCAACAGGAUGCUAUUAAAAUGAUGACCCUCCCUACUUGUUCCAAGUACAAAUAGUCGCCCAAAAUCUAUCUAGAUUCAGUGUAAGUCAAAUGAAGUUAGAACAAUGACUGCAGUUAUUGCGACUGUGAGAAUUGGCAUACUUCUGGCAGCUCUUUGUUGCUUGACCCCUUCACAUGUUAGGGGCUAUGUGAGCGAGGCUGGACAAGAAGUCCUGAUGAAGAUGGUGUAUGAUCUGCAGAAAGACAUAAUAGAUGAUAAGAAAAAACUGGCACACCUGGACAUGGUGACCCAGGAACUGCAAGAGGAAAACAAAAUGUUGAAGGAAAAAUUGAAAGAUUUUCACAAAAGGGAAGAAAAACCAGUUGAAGGGCUCAACAAAACUCUGAUAAGGUACAGAAGGCAGAUUCAAAAUUCUCCUGGAGCAGACAUAUUUUCUCUGGCUUCAGGUGGAGCAACAUAUGUGAGAUGGGGCAGAACGGUAUGCCCAAGUGGUGCCGAAAAGGUAUAUAAUGGUGUGGUCGGUAGUUCUUGGUACGACCACAAUGGAGGUGGUGCCACCUAUCUAUGUCUUCCUCAUGAUCCUCAGUGGGGGACCGUCACUGAGGGCUACCAGUCAAAAUCUUACAUGUACGGAGUGGAAUUUGAAAUGUAUAACAACGACCCCUUCCUCAAAACCAACGUGGACAGAAAAAUCACCAGUUUGCAAGACCACACAGCAGUCUGUGCUGUCUGUCGCAUCCCAACAAGGACCAGUCAAGUGAUGAUUCCAGCCAAAAUGGACUGUCCAGCUAGCUGGACCAAGGAGUAUGGAGGCUACUUGAUGUCUUCUCAUCACACGCACAAAAAAUCAGAUUUUGUCUGUGUCGAUAACGCCCCAGAAGUUAAUGACGGGGGUGUUGGGAAUCAAAAUGGUGGACUUUGGUAUAAUGUUGAAGCGGCUUGUGGUUCUCUCCCCUGUCCUAGCUAUGGUGAUGGGAAAGAACUCACAUGUGUAGUGUGCACUAAAUAGAACUGCUGAGUAUAUUACUAUAUUAGCCUUAAAAUCUAAACAAUUACUAUAAACAGGUAGAGAUUUAACAAGGACAGACAGUUUUACAGUUUUGUCUGCUUCGAGUAUGAUUAAAUCAUGAUCAAGAAGUAUAAUCCAUGGAAGCAACUGUUUACUAGAGUUGAUUAUGAAUUUACAUGCAAUGUGUGAUCUAAGAAUAUUGAUGACUCAAUCUUUUUUCAAUGGGGAAAAUUUUGAAUUUUACAGGUAAUGUAUUUUUUUAAGUUAUACAUUCUUAAAUUUAGAACAUCUCUAUAGAGUGGUAGUAGCAAAAUUAACAAAAAAAGCAGGCUACUUUACAUUUCCAUUUUAUAUGGUAAAAACACGACAAAUAUUUUAUAGAAAUAUAUCUUUUAUGAUUCUAAAAUUUUGCACUGAAAAAAAUGGAAAAAUAAUUAUUCCCAUUGAAAAGAGCAGGUCAUUACAAUAACUGUGGUAUUAUUCAAAAGGUGAGACAACUUAGUUUCAAUAUUUACAUGUUUUUAUCAGAUCUAAAUUGUACUUGUUUUCUCUAAUCAAAAAUAAAAUCAUUUGUAUUAAAACUUUUACAUAAUAAUAAAAGAUAUUCAUAUGAGACAAA